ACGAAAUUUUGGAAGGCACUUAUAAUAAUUUCUCCGGCCUCUAAAAGCGAACAAUGUUUGAGGAAUUACUGCUAAACCAGCCCAUGACUUGUUAGAGCUAAACUGGCAGGGACAGCCUACGCACGCGAGGGGCUGUCGCCACCAUAUCGCAAAUGAGAUCAGGGAGACGGCUCUCAUGUGCAGUACUCGACCAUGGUAGGCUGGCCAAGAUUGUACGGACAUUAUUGUGAGGGCAGUACUUGUAGUGGGUGUUUCGUUGCCAUGGUCCCCCAUUUCUCUACAUAAAUUCUCUCAGCAAGCUACUCAAAAGGUGAUGUCUUCUCUGGUGGAGGCGUGUGUAUCUGGGGACCUGGCUAUCGUACAGAGAUGUCUCACCGACACACCAGACCUCAUCCAUACAGUCACUCAGAGUGGAGUCACACUGCUCAUGCACACCAUCAUUGGAGCUGGUACAGAGGUCAAUCCUAAUGGGAAUUAUUUGGAGACAUGUCAGCUCCUCGUACAAUAUGGCAUAGCGUUGGAAAGUGCUGACCAAUCACACGGCCGCACUGCCGCACAUUGGGCCAUUUAUUAUCAUCGUGAUGAUAUACUAGCAGAGCUGGUUAUUGCUGGAAGUGACUUGACUGCUCCUGACUUCCUAGGGACUUCCCCCUUUCAUUUAGCCAUCGCUGAAAGUGCUAUCAGUUGUUUGAGUCAUUGUCUAAGAUUCUUGCCUCGGGAAAUUCUAGAGAUUCCAGAUGCUCAAUUGAGAUCACCUCUCAUCCAUGCUGUUUCCACUGGCAACCUGGAGUCUGUUCAGCUUCUGUUAGCUGCUGAUGCUGAUCCUAACACAGUGCAGGAUGGGACUGGAACCACUGCUCUUCAUGUAGCUGCUCAGUUAGGACAUGGGCUCAUUAUAGAGCUGUUACUAAGCAACGGAGCAGCCCCUGACAUAGUAGACACUAACGGUCACACUCCUGUUCACCUAGCGGCAGUGUGGGAGAGUGUGGAUAGUGGACUUGGUGCUUUUGUGAGGGUGGUGGGCGGUAGUGUACUGGACCUGAGGGAUGCACAAGGACUCACUCCAAUCAUGCAUUCUGCAGCUUAUGCUAGUACACACAAUGUCAAGUUCCUAUUACACAAGAAGGUUGAUGUGUUGGCAACAGACUUUGCUGAGGGCAAGACUGCUCUACACUGGGCGGCAGGAAGUGCCACGCCUACUUCUGCAUCUUGCAUAACUCUCAUACUCAAGAAGGGGCGUGGUCUCCUCGAGUCACGUGACAGGUUUGGGCGCACCCCAUUGGUCACUUGUGCCGUGAGUGGGUGUGAGGAGGGAUUACAAGCGCUGAUAGUGGGUGGGGCUUCAGUGGAGGCAAUAGACGAUGAACAAAGGACACCUGUACAUUGGGCAACAGCAAGUGGUAAUUAUGCUGUGUUGCCACGGUUACUGGAGAUGGGAUGCUCUCUGAACUCUGGUGAUGUAACAGGUGCCACGCCCACUCAUUAUGCAGUACAACGCACAGCUGAACCAAACCCUGACCUCUUGGAGCCAGGAGAAUAUGAAGAUUGCUUGGAACAAUGUAGAGACUUGCAAGCUUGUCUUGCUAUCUUACUAGCGGAGGGUGCAAAGGUCAUGGUGGCGGACCAAGAGGGGACCACACCCCUACACACAGCAGCUAAGUAUCCCAACAAUCUGGAGGCACUAUCUGCUCUGCUAACAAAAGGGGCCGAUCCUGUCGCUAGGGACAACCAAGGGAUGACUCCAUUUCACUGUGCUGCACUAAGUGGUGUCAUUGAGAGCUGUCAGGUUUUGCUGGAGAGGACAGGUGGUAUCCAUGGCAAUGAUGUUGAUGACAGUGGGCGGUCUGCGUUGCACCUUGCUGUACUUGGUGGACACACUGAGUGUGGUAGGAGACUAUUAGAGCAAGGCUUGGAUCACAGCACAUGUGAUGCAGAAGGCACAACAGCUCUCGCAUUGGCUGCUGGUCUUGGUCUGCUAACAAUGGUAGAGCUACUCAUAUCUCAUGGGUCCAAUAAUGAGGGGGCGGUACACCAAGCAGCAGCUAAUGGCCAUUCUGAGGUUUUGGAGUAUCUAUUGUCAGGGGGUGCUCCUGUUAACGAGGCUAUACUGGGCGGGGCUACUCCACUACACUAUGCUGUCGCUGCAGGUCACAUGACUUGCAUACAAAUACUGCUACAGUACAAUGCUGACGUCAACGCCAUGGCAACCAACGAAGAAGGUGACAAGGCCACGCCCCUUGACUAUGCCCCUGGCAACACUUCUGAGGUACAUGAUCUUUUGACCUCUAUGGGCGCAAUGUCAGCAAUAGUGGAAGAAAAAGACGAAGAAAAGACUGAGGAAAUAGCUGACGUAGCAGUUUCUGAGGUGGUUGAACCUGAAGUGGGUGUGGUCAGUCCCGAGGAUGAAGCCAUAUCUACUGUGUCAUUGCGACCACACACACCUACACGACCAGCACAAGAGCCUGGACCAACCUUUGACCUCCCUCCACCACUAGCCACAGCCACAGCCACGCCCCCUAAAGCCCACCUCCUCCAACGUGCACUAAGCAUGCUCAGACGAGACAAGAGGUCGGAGGUGGAGGGGUCAAUACUGUCUAGUGCUGUUGGCCUGUAUGCAGCACACGCUACAUUACUAGCAUCAGUUGUGAUUGGUACGGCUCUUGGAGACAAGGCAGUACAGGUAGCUCACAGUGUAGCUACUGACACUGCACUACAGCACCAUACCACCUCCACACUAUUACCAGAUAUUGUGUGGUUUCGUGACGAGUCUCCGCCCACUCCAUCUCCCACUCCACCCCCUACAGUAGUGACGCCCACUCCUACACUCCCCACACCUCCGCCCCCUGUGGUGAUUACUGUGGAUCCAUAUGAGAGAAGAUUGAGGAAAGCAAUCGCUCAACUUGACACUGGCAAGUCUGCAGGCUACCUUGCAGUGGAGGAGCUGGUUAGAGCUGGUGCUACUAGAGCUAGGCUCAGGAGAGGUCUAGAGGGAGAUAGACUACAAGCACACCUACUAUCAAGGAGACAGGAGUUUCUGGGGGAAGAAUCUCGUGCAAGAGAAGCCUCUAAUAAAGUGUUGCAGAGGCUGGCCCAACGAAUGAUCCAAGCAGAGCAAUCAUCAGAGGAGAUCUCUUCUGCUAUAGAAGAUGGUCUUGCAGCAGCUCGUGAUGAGAACAUGAAGCUAGCAGCUCUAAUGGCUGACAUGGGACUCUCUUCACGCCCUACAGUAGCUCAAUGGUUGCAGGCAAAGGACAAAGCUAAGAGGACGUCCCUGCAAUCAUCACUCAUUAAUUGGGACCGCUCUAGAGAAGAGAGACACACAUCAUUGCUCCUACAACAAGCACGAACCUCACAAAGAGCACUAAGACAUGCAGCAUGGGGUGUUAAGAAGGAACUGAGUGGGCGUAUUCAAAGGCUUAGACAAGUGUACGAUCCUCACACAGCCUCACACCCUCACAGCCUCACAGCUUCACGUCGCCCACACUUAGCACAGGAACCAGAAGUGAGGCACAAGAAUAAACACCUCCUCCGCAAAUCCACCACAUCCCCUCCGUCAUCGACCACUUCGUGUGUGCGUGCUACUCCUCAUGGCUUCUUCCGUAUCCGUGAGACCACACCCACAACCUCUGGGACCACACUCACCUCUUCUCCUAUAGAAACUGUGUGGACAAAUGGACGGGAUUAUGCACAAGGCCACACCCACUCUCGAGCCAUUGGACCAAAGACUGUACAUGCCGAGAGAACUUUGCACUUUGUGAAACCUGGUGAAUACAAGGCACGCAAAAAAAUGUCGACUCAGCAAUCUAUAUCAAAGGGUCAAAGUUCAACAACAUCUUUGACUAUUACUUCUAUUGACUUCAAAACUAAGUCAGGUCAUCGCCAUGGUGAUCGUCAUGGUGAUUUGUACAGUGGACCACACUAUGUAAGUCACGGAGGAAGGAGGGCGCAAUCACCACGGCAACAACUGUCACCCGUAGCAACCUAGUAACUGGCUAGCUUGUGUUUAGUUAUGUAGACUACUUGUACUUUCCUAUUAGACUGUUUUGUGUAGAGUACUUGUUUCCUAUUAGACUGUUUUGUGUGGUCGUAUGUUAGCACCCGUUGUUCUAUAGAGAGAGAAUACGUGUCAA